AUAUAAUGCGCUCAGUGUGUGACAAUUUAACCUUCUUUUUUUUCAAAUGUUUAGUGUGACAGUUGAAACUAGCCAUCAAAGUGUCACGGCUCUUCCCGUUGGAUGCCGUACACCCUCGGUAGGCGAAAAUCACCUGUCAGCAUUGGUUGUACGUCUUUACCUCCUUUAGUUUAAUAUGGAAGGAAACUUUUUCGGAUUAUGGGGGCUCGUGGUUUCCUUUGCUCUUGGACUGCUACUUCCCGCGGGGGUGACGAGUCACGGGCGGAUGAUCGAGCCCCCCAUGAGAUCGAGUAUGUGGCGGUUUGGAUUUAACACGCCGAAGAAUUACGACGACAAUGGACUUAAUUGUGGCGGCUUUGUGAAUCAACACCACUUCCAAGAUGGCAGGUGCGGGGUGUGUGGAGAUCCCUGGCAGGGACCAAGGCGGAAUGAACCAAACGGUACCUACGCCACAGGAACUAUUACCCGGCGGUACCGUACGGGGCAGAAAAUACCCCUCGUCCUUGACAUCACCUCGAACCACAAGGGUUACUUCGAGUUCCGAAUAUGUCCGUGGAAUGACCCCAAGCACGCCGUGGACCAACUGUGCCUGGACAAACACCCUGUCCGUGUGGAAGGGUCGGGGUUGCGCUACCCCCUCACUCUACAGGGACCUUUUGUGAUGGUCAACUUGACUGGGCAGCUUCCGGACAACCUGACCUGUGCCCAGUGUGUCUUGCAGUGGAGGUGGGUUGGAGGUCAGCAUAUGGGUAUCAAGGACGGCCGCGAGUGCAUGGGGUGUGGCAAACAAGAACAGUGGCACAACUGUGCUGACGUUGCCAUAGGAAACGACUAUCCCCUGUACGAGAUGGGCCAACCUGGACAUAUUCAGGGAACCGUGUCGCCACCCACAGUUUCCACCCCUUCGACUGCACAUCCUGUUGUGCCUGGAGGUCAAGAUGUCAAAACUAAUGAGGUCAAGGUCAAGAACUUUGCACGUCAGCCCUCAUCAGGUGGGCGAUUAGGGGCACCAACACCUGUAGAAAUCACUGCAGAAGCUUACAACGGAAUGAACAUAGGAAUGCCCGCUCGGAAAGUAUCGAGGUUUGAACCUAAGAUACAGCCUGCUGUUACUCUUCCUCCAGACAAGGGGCCGUUGAAAACGUAUUUAGCAGGCACCGCUCCCCCGCCACAACCUCUGAUCAUCUCAUCGUCAGAUCUCUUCUUCCAGAAGCCGGCUGAGCCAGACGUUGGCGUGAAAGAUGCACAAGUCCCAGAUCCACAGGAGGAUCCGAAUCUUUCCAGGGGGGUCAGUUUUACUUCGUUAAUGAAAAGAAAUAACAAUAAUCGCAGCAGUGUGCCCACUAGUUUCGGGCACGUCCAAGCAAGUGCAGGCACCUCGCAGUUCAUGAAAGUUUCACUUCAGUCUCUGACGGGGAGCCCUACCAAACAUGUGAACUCUUUCACGGGGAAAUCCUUCCUAAGCCGAUUUGGUAGCUAUCCUUACAGAAUGUACAAUUCAAAGGAUGAAACACCGUCUGUCCUCAUAUCAAGCCAAUCUAGUUCGUCUAGAUCCUUUCACAAAAAGCCACCAUCUGUAUCUACAGUUUCCAGAGCAAAUCAGAAUGGUGCAAUACAAAAACAAGCGCCUGUCGACCUUCCGCAGGAAAACAUUCCUCUUAUAACGAACAAAAAACAACCAAGAGUCCCUUCUACACCUAUAACUACUUACCCGACCACUACAAGUACAACUACUACAACUACAACUACCACUACGACUACUACAACCACGACUACUUCACCAACUACAACAACUACUCCUAUUACAACAACCACUUCUUUGACGAAAACUGCUAUAUUUUGGACUACAAGUACAAAAGGAACUCCCACCACCACUACCACCACUUCAACAACUGAAAGACCACCAACAACAACUGAAAGACCACCAACAACAACAAAUGAAAUACCACCAACAACAACAACAAUAACUGAAAUGCCUCCUGCAGUCCCUUUUACUCAAGGCUAUUUCAUUACAGAUGCGCCUCUAGUUUCCACAUACGGCCACAAUUUCGUCCCGUACGUCACAAACUACUACCCGACAGAGCUCUACUACAUCACAAACGACCUCACUCCCAACGCGCCACCCGGUGAGUACCUUGGUACGACUCCUAUUCCUGUAGCUCUGGGUCCAUACGCAGCUGAUGUCCCCAUCGAGUCACGACCAUCUCAACACCCAGCAGCACCGACAAAGACAGCAACCAAAACACCAGAUGUCAACGCUUCGGCAACAACAUCAUCGCCAGAAAGUUUCAGUGAGUAUGGGGUACUGACUAACAAUAACCCAGUGUUUGUGCCGUCCAACGCUAUAGUGGACCCUAAUCAACCGUGGAUGACACACCAGGACCACCUUGCAUCAAUGUCUUCCCAAAUGUCCAAUGUCCCUCCCAGAUUCGUCCCUUAUCAAAUAGCUAUGAUGAACGGUCAAGUAAUAGUUCCACCUGGAAUGUCACAAGCUCAAGCACAAGCACAAGCACAAGCACAAGCCCUGGUACAAGCACAGGCCCAGACCCGGGUACAAUCACAAGCACAUGCUCAAACUCGGGCACAAGCACGGGGUCAAGCACAGGGUCAAGCACAGGUACAAGCUCGAGCACAGCGCAUGAUGCUGAAUCAGCAGAGGAUGAUGGCUAUGCGAGCCUCUGCGGUGAACGGUGGACCUGCGAAUUUCAACAUGAUGACCCAGGGCCCAAGAUCCACAACUUUCAACGCCCAACCCACCAAUAGGAACUACCCCAUGUGGGGUCAACAGGUGCUUCCACGUGAACUAGAGGGUGUUCCAGGACCUAUGUGUGCCUCGGGACGGUCCAUCUGCAGAGGGAAGGGGGUAUGGGCGAACAUGCAGAACUUUGACCGGUACUGUGCCACGCAGUGCAUGAUGGGACUUUGUCCCUUCAACCUGUGCAUCUGCGCAUGUCCGGGGGAGGAGUUUAUCAGGCAGGAUUGUCGGAGCUGGAUUGACACAAACCACAUGAACAGAUGGUGUGAACAGAAUUGCAUGGGGGGAUUUUGUCCAGCUGAAAUCUGUUACUGUAAAAUCUAGCAAUACAUGAUAUCUGACACAUAUGUCAAGAGUUAAUUUAUUUUUCAACCAGUUUUGUCUUUAAUGAAGUCUCUUUGGGGUGGUGGACAUAUCAUAAAAACAGCCUAGUAAUCAUCUCCGCACUACUAUGCUGGUAGCUCAACAAUGAAUUCUGCACUAUGUUUCUUUGUGUGUGGUAAUCGAUUGACGGUAUAAAUAAACGUUUUAUCCAGUA